AUGAGAAGCCAUACCCCUCCACGCCCUCUGACCUUUCCCUCCCUGGGUGUUCUAACUAUGGUGAGCUCAGUCAAACUUGGCUCUAGCAACUCCCUGCCGCUGGCGGAACGUUUCUGGGAGCAUCCCGGGGCCCUUGGCAAGCCCUCGAAACUCAAGCCGCCUCGCUGGCGGGGCCGCAUUUCUCGUCCGUCAAAGCUGGUAGCUCACAGACUCAAACCCACACUUUUUACACACAGCAAAAUCAAGGUUCAGCCAGACCCCGGGUCUGGCCGCGGAUCAUCUCCCCUCCUGCUUCUUUGGAUAUCAUGCUCUUGGCUGUGUCGGACAGCUCGGACGCCCGCUGUCGUCUUGGGGCGGGGGACCCUGCCUUCUUUUCUUCCCCUGCCCCUCCACGAAUACCUAUCUCGUCGUUCUUCAGACUCCAUUGUCACUCGGCCCUCGGGGCGGCCCCCGACCAUUGAUAAAUGA